AAUGAAUAUUGGUUUGAUUUUAAUAGCAUGUUUGAGAUGGUAAGAAAGAUUACUUUUUAAAGUUUUCUUUUUUAAAUAAUAUUUUUUUUUAUUAAAAUUUAUUUUUAACAUCAAAACAAUUUAAAUACAUCAAGAAAAUAAAUUUUUUAAAAAUCAUAAUUGAACCACAAAAACAAAUAGAAUAAAUACUAAAAGUCACUCCUCUUCAUCUUUGUUUUUUUUUUUUUUUUUUUUGAAUAAUGCUUGGUUAGUUUCUUCGAGUUUAGUACAGGAGCCUCCAUACAAGAACUCCCUUCACAGCCACACACUUAAGCAUGCUAUUUAUCCGUUUCAACAUGACCUCCCACUCUUAUAGAUAAAGAAGAAACUAGCAAGAGAUCAACAACCCGUCAAACACAAAAAAGAAAAGAAAAAUGAAGCUACAAUUCCACACACAAUUUGUAAGGAUAAGCCUCGUAGUCCUCCAACUCAUAAACCCUUCACUUCAAUGGCCUGAGCCAGAGUACUCAUCAGCCCCAAUUCCUGCUCCAUGGCCUGAACAAUUCCAUGCACUUUUGUAUAUGAACUUGAGCUCAACACACCUCCAAAUCACCAAUCUGUGGUAUGAUUGGCCUAGAGGCCGCAAUGUGAAUAUAAUACAGAAACAACUAUCUGUUUUAUUAUAUGACACGGAGUGGAAUAAUGGGACAACCUUCUAUUACACUUUAAGCGAGCCUCAUAGCUGUCGGAUUAUGGUUAAUGAUGUGGGUAUUCCUAGGCCUGAUUUUCUUGAUGGAGCCGAAUAUCUAGGGACUGCUGUCACUGAUGGGUAUCUAUGCAAUGUAUGGGAGAAGAUCGACACUAUAUGGUACUAUGAGGAUGUUUAUACGAAGAGGCCUGUCAGAUGGGAUUUUAACGAUGGUAUUUCCACUCAUGUGAUAACUUUUGACGUAGGCGCAGUGCUUUUGGAUGAUUCAGUGACUCAAGCUCCUGCAUACUGCUUCAACCAGGAGAUCAAGAACAUGUAAAUUUUAGUUCUAAGGUGGUGCUUCUGCUAGAAGAUGGAGGUGACUUUCCCAGUUUAGUCACGAACAAGGUCACAAGUACGAAUUAUCCAAAAAAGAAAAUGAAAGGGGAGAAAUUGUCUAUUGAUCCACCUCAUUAUCAGUUAUGUAUUUAUAUAUUACAAUUUUAAUUUACCUCUCCUUCAGUA